GACCACCUAGUAAUGCCCACCCAGCCGGUCCACGCCCCCUCCCUCCCGCUGCAGUCUGAGGGACUGUGAAUUGGCCCCAUUUAAAAAGUUUGAGGUCCCCUGAUAGAACAUUUAUUUAGCUGCCCAUCUUAUAACCAAUUUGGGUGACUCCCAAUCAGAAUAAUUACAAGUAAUCCUUGACUUACUACCAGUUGCUCAGCAGCCAUAUGAAGUUACAACGCCCGCCUCCCCCCCACAAAAAAAAAUUAUAUCUGGACCCAAAACAUGAUUAGAUUGAUCGCAUUUUGGAUGCUCAGCAACCAGACUGCAUUUACAACUGUUUGUAGCGCUCUCUGAUUACGUGAUCAUAAUUUACAACUUUCUUUCAGAAACCAGGGUUUAUGGCCAGUGUCUGGCAACAAAGGUCCAUGGCUAACACUAUUGGACUACUUAAUGACUGGCCAUGGCUUAAUGGCACCGUGGAAGCAACUUGUGACUCAGGUUUGCUAUACAUCAGGGCUGUAAAACUCAAGGCCCUGGGGCCAGAUGCGGCCUGCGGGGUGCUUAGAUCUAACCCGCGGGGCCACCCUGGAAACAGUGAAGGACCAGCCCGCGGUGCCUCUGCCAGUGAAGAUGGAGCUUACAAGGGCCACGGGCAGCCCUCCCGAGCUCCGUUUUCACUGGCAGAGGGUUGCAGGAGGCUGUCACAAGUGAAAACGGAGCUCAAGAGCCCGUUUUUGCUGGCAGAGUGCUCAGGUGCCCCCGACAUGAGUGAAGUUGAGGUGGCCAUGGCCACCCUGGGCACACUUACCCCGCCCCCCUGAGGUCAAAUAGGACCCUGAGGCGGCCAUCAAUGAAAUCGAGUUUGACACUCCCUGCUAUACACCGUUUACCACCUAAAGUAACUAACCAGUCUUAAAACUGGUUAGUUUCAAUAACAACUAUUACUUUCCAAGUGUUCUAAUAUUUCUGUUAAUUGAUUUUUUUUUUAAAGAAGUUCAGAAUAAGAGCCAAUAAGGGACAUCUUUUUAUAUGCCUCCUAACCAUGUAGUCUACCAUGGGCUCAAGCGGAUCCGUUAGAAUUGUCACAAGAACAACUAUGACCUCACAAUUUAAACUCUUAAGAAAGACUUGGAAUAUAUUAUGCCUGAGAAAUAGCAUGGUUAGCAGCAGCACAAUUUUUGAACAAACCUGGAGCUAUUAAGAAAUGUAUGAGAACCGACUCCUUAUAUGGCACAGGAUUUUGAAGGAUGUGAAACUGAAGGUAAGACAAAAUUUGUACAGCUUUGGAUGGAGUGGCAAGUUACUUGUGCUAUAAGCUUAGUAAUAGAAACAAUAAUUAGCUAGGGUUCAUUUUUGCCAUUUAUUCAGGCGAUUUCAUCAGUCUUGUCUUUCCACCUCUUUUCAUCAACUAUAGCCGCAACAGGCUUCUGACGUUUGGCCAUGAUGAGGUAUGGUAAUGUUGUGACCCAGGCCCAAGUAGGUAGUAGAAAACUUAGUCAGUGUAAAAACAAAAAAAACUUAUUCGAACAGCUGAGAAUUACUUCAUUCUCAGUGUAGUUCAACUAAAUUAAAGCAAAUUCCUCCCAAUACAAAUUCCUCAGUCCUAUCACCAACCUUGGUCCAAUUAGGCAAAUUGCCAAAGGCCUUUCUUGGCAAACGUUCAGAAGACACAGAUACAAAAUAAAUGCAAGAAGACGAAGCUACCAACGUUUUCCGGCAAAGCCCAAAUGCCAUUACUGGUCUUUUAAGCCUUAUGGGAGGGGCCAAACAUCUCUUGGCCCUACUCCCAAGUCGUCCUCUUUGCUUGAGCUGUUCUUGCCUUCUGGCAGCUCUUGUCAUGCGUGCAUUAGGAACAGGCUCUUCCUGUUCCUCUGCCUCAUUACUGUCAGUCUCUGGAGGCUCUGGAGUCUGCACCCCACUCCCCAAUGGCCCUGGCCCCACCUCAGCCUCCGACGCAGAGCCCUCAUGUGGGCCUUCCCCAGCCUCCAGGACUGGCUCAUGCUCUUCCUCAGCCUCACCACUGUCCAUCUCCGUUGCCAGCUCCACAGGCUGCUGGCGGACCACAAAGGGUAAACAUGGGGUGGACACAAGGCAGAUAGACCCAAUGGGUGACAAUACACCCAGCAGGACAAUAUAUUGUCAUUCCCAAUAUUUUAAAAACAGCAACAGAGGAAGGACUUCUCCACCUGGCCCAAAUGAUUUUGGUGAAAUGAAAAAAGAUGAGAAAGGGAAGGCAAAGAAUAUUGGAGCAGAUGCAAACAUGUGGAACCAAUUCCUGAAUUCAUCAUGUUUCACUUUUUUCCAACCACGAGCAGAUCUCAACAUUCUAGUAAAGGACAGAAUAAACAUACAAGCUGGAAUUAGUGUAGAUGAUGCAAUCAUUGUAGCUAACCCUAUUCCUGAAGUACCAGAAUUACCUGGGACAGGGGUCUGCAACCUUAAACACUCUAAAGAGCCAUUUGGACUCGUUUCCCACAGAAAAGAAAACACCGGGAGCCACAAAAUCCCUUCCCGUGCCUAACUAUUUCUUGUGCGGCCACAAAACUAGCAUAUGUAGUUGAAUUAAACAUUCUGUUUUCUUCUGAAACUUUUCUUUUCUUGGAUUUAUCCAUGGUUGGCCUACUGGGGGUUGAAAAGCUCAAUAAAUCGCGUGCCGGCGGGUGUCGCACAUUGGCGGUUGUGACGCAUAUUUUGUGUCACAACAGAGGGGUGAAAGAGCCACAUGUGGCUCCAGAAGUUGCUGAUCCCAGGUUGCUGACCCCUGACCUGGGAGAAGGAACUAAGUGUAACUAAAGGCUCCCGGAGAGAGAAAUUGCUUCAUUCUAAAGAAGCUUCUCAGGAGAAGUGUGGGAAAACUGCAAUAGAAUAGUCACUGAAAAAAAUCAUUAAGUCACUGCAUAAAUCUAACAUCUGAAUCUUCAUUAUACGAUCUAUUAAGUCAAAUCUGAUGGUAAACUUUCGUACUCUUAUUGUUUGAGAUAUAGCUGCUAAGUAAUCACAGGAGCAAUCUCCUUGUCAGCCCUGGAGCUCAUCUUUUUCUUUGGAUCUUCAGGGCUGCCACACUUAGUGCUGUGGCAAAUUGGGAGGGGAUAUAAUAAUAAUAACAUUCUUUUCUCUAAGAGCCAAGGACAUUCAGCCCUGCACCUGGAGUGGCGUGACUGGGAGGCAUCUCCAGUUGGGACGAUGCAUUGAAUGGACCAUGUGGUGGACAUAUGGGUACAGAGGAAGGGACUUGGACUUCAUUUUGGGUGGGGAAAACCUGGAAACUUUCAGAUUCAGGUUUUCCCAGAUGUGCCAAUAUGACGUCUCUAAUAAAAUGGAACUUUGAGGAACUUCUAGCCUUGGGAGUCUUCUUUAGUUGGGGGCAUUACUUGGAACCCUGACACUCCUAUGACCAGGUUACAAUUAACACCCCUCAUUCUCCUAAGUGUAUUUUUUUUUGGGGGGGGAGUCGUUUCUCCCAUAAGCUUUGAUCUCCAUAUAGAGAUUUCAUGUCCUUGACCAUUUGUAAGAGCAAAAUUCUGUUUUUACUUCGCAGAAGCCAGCCAUAAAAGAAGAGGUCAUUCUUGAACCAUGUAUUACUCGUAGCUUCAAGCAAGACCCAUGUAGAAUGACCCAAUAAGCUCUUCUGUGCUCCACUUAGCAACCCUUGAGAAAUACAGCCAAAUGCAAACCUUUCGUUAAGGCCUGAAAAUGGAAACAGACGUAAUUCCAGAAAUUGUAGUAGAAGCCAUACAAGAAGCGGGCAAAGUAGAUCAGGUUCCACAGGCAGCUUUGGAGGAAGCAAAAGCUGAAGAAGAUAAUCAUUCUGGUCAGACCCAAACCUACGUCCUGUACAUUGGAAACUUAAACCCCAAACAUGCCAGUGAAGAUCUGGGCAGUAUGUUGAAGGACAUCCUCGGUAUGGCAGGUGUCACACUCCAAAGAUACGAUAUUGAAGUCAUCAAGAAACGUAAGCAAGCCUACGCUUACGUUCAGGUAGCCACAGAAAUCAGCUUGGAGCAAGUCCUCAAACAACUCCUCCUUGUUUCGGAGACCGAACACAACCUCUCCAAAGAGCUUGUGCAGAAGGGGAAAAAUCUUGUUGUGGGACAAGGCAAAAAGCCUGCAUCUGCUCCCAAAACUAGCAGAGAGAGUGAUCCCAUGGGAAGCAGAUCAGAUGGUCUCCUAGGAGGACCGUCAGGGCCUGAGAGAAGGAAGCCACUGGCCAAUGACAACAGAGCUAACCCCAUCCGAAAAAGCAUCCGUUACCCUUGGAGACUGGUCGAUUGGCCAGUGACUUUUGUGAACAGCACCCACUCGGACAGUGCCAUUGUCCAUAAAGAGAUUGUUGGGAGAGAAUGCCUCUUCUACGGCGCUUUCAUUGGUGGAGAGACGCGGAAUGUGGAAUUCAAGCAAGGCAGCGGAGAAUACCUGACGACAACGCUAAAGCAUCAUUUGCGGAAGUACACCUGUGCUUUUCUCAACAGUGAAGGGGGUAGUCUCUUCGUGGGAGUUGAGGACAACGGCUUGGUGCGUGGCGCCAAGUGCGACCACAAGGAAGAAGACCGAAUUCGCCUGCUGACGGAUUCUCUUUUUAAAACCUUCAAGCCCCAGGUUUUCCCUACCGCCUACACGCUGAGCUUCAUCCCAGUCAUCAAAGCAGAAGACACAGGCAUCUUUCUCAAAGUCAUCCGGCUGAGCGUCCAUCCUCCCAAGCCGCACGCAGAACCUGUCCUGUAUGAAACAGAUCAGGGGGAGGUGUACCUGAGGCGAGAUGGCAGCAUCCAAGGACCCCUCUCUGGAAGCGCUAUCCAAGAGUGGUGCCGGCAGGUAACGUUCAGAUAUUGCACAUCUUGUAUAAAGUGCUCGGGGACGUACAAACCAAAUUCUAGCUGUCACACAAAGAAGUAAGUUUGAAAGUGCCGUCCGAUAAGCAAUAGCAAUAGCACUUGGACUUAUAUACCGCUUUACAGUGCUUUAGUACUUUACAGGAUGUGAUGGCUCAGUGGCUAAGAUGCUGAGCUUGUUGAUCAAAAGGUUGGCAGUUCAGUGGUUCAAAUCCCUAGUGCUGCGUAACAGGCUGUGCUCCUGUUAUUUGUUCCAUCUUCUGCCAACCUAGCAGUUGGAAAGCACGUAAAAAAAAUGCAAAUAGAAAAAUAGGGACCACCUUUGGUGGGAAGGUAGCAGCGUUCUGAGCCUUUGGCAUUUAGUCAUGUUGGCCACAUGACCACGGAGACGUCUUCAGAUA